CUUCCAGAUUUUGCUUUAGGACUGUUGUUUUCUAGUCCAGAUUUUUCACCUCUGCUUUCACCCCUGAUAGCAUUUAUGAUUUUGUAUAAUACAUUGCAGAUUUUGGAAAGUAUAAAAGUAGUUUUAUUACUCAAAGCAAUCAGCUCUGAUAAGUUCAUGACUCUUGGUUACAAACACUGAACAGACCAGUGCAGUAAGGGGCGUGGAGUCCACUCUGCAUCCUAUAUAAAAGCCAUAUAGUGAGGCAGGUUGUUUGACAGAACCAGACUUUCAUCUUUGAACAUGGCAGGAUUGAAGGCAUGUAAUGCUCUAGUGACAGGGGCCAACCGAGGCUUGGGUUUAGAAAUGGUCAAGCAACUCCUGGAGGCCUGUUGCUCAAAUAUUUUUGCUGCAUGUCGUGAUCCAGAUGGGCCAAACUCUGAGGCACUGAGAGAACUGGCCAAAAAUCAUCCAGGAGUUGUCACCCUUGUGCAGCUUGAUGUUGCUGAUCCAUGCAGUGUCAAAGAGUCAGCCAAAAAAGUGGGUUCUCUUCUGGGGAAGAAGGGCUUGAACCUACUUGUGAAUAACGCUGCAGUGUUGCCACAAAAAACCAUGCUGACCGCCACUGUUGAGGACAUGCAAAACACCUUCAACACCAAUGUGAUAGGACCUUUGUUUGUCAUUAGGGAGUACCUGCCAUAUCUGCGUACGGCAGCUAAAGCCAGUGGCAAACCAGGGAUGUCAUGUGAUAAAGCAGCUGUGAUCAACAUAUCCACGGAUUCAGCGUCUAUGAGCAUCAUGCCAGAACUGAAAGAGCCAUUCCCAUUCUUCCCAUACAGUAUCAGCAAGGCAGGUCUAAACAUGCUGACCAUAUACACCGCCAGGGACUUAAAGGCAGAUGAGAUCCUUUGCAUUUCCCUUCAUCCAGGAUGGGUGAAGACAGACAUGGGGGGAGAUAUGGCGUCGAUUGAUGCCAGAGAAAGUGUGGAGGGGAUGCUGCGUGUCAUUGGUGGCCUUACUGAGAAGCAGAACGGUGGAUUCUUAGACUACACUGGAGAAACAAUUCCCUGGUAAACCAGAAAAACGUUCAUCAAAGGGCUGAUACAGAUUGACCUUUUUAACCCGUUACAAAUAAAGUGAUAAGCACAGUCAUUAAUGUUUAUGACAUGUUCAAAUUCAUUCUCUUUGUUUCUUUGUAUUGAACACAGUCUAAACAAACAA